AUGCGUACCACCCGCUCUCUCGUGCGCAUAUGGCGCCGGUUCCUCGUCUUACUCCGCAGUGAGAGUCCGCGCGAACCAGACCCAGAACCAGAACGAGAAACGCCUCCCCCUGUAAAGGAGGUACAGAACCAACACUCCCCGCCCAAGUUUGUGGUGGAGCGGAUAGCGUCGCCCGCCCAACUGGCUUCGUAUGUCGAUGAAGCGCGGGCGUCAAGAUCCACCUCGAACUCGGCCUCGAAUGAAAAAGAAGAGAGCCAGCGUGGGCCUCGGCCGCCCCCGAGAAACCAGUCGGGGGGUCUGCGUGCCGCCCUGUAG